AUGUUUGGACCGAUAUUCUUAUUCAUUACUGCAGUUUUACUAUGCGUCAUCCUACUGUUUUUAACUAUAUUCUUUGUCAUCAUGUUUUCAGAUUUAGAAUGUGAUUAUAUCAAUCCCAUUGACUGUUGUAACAAACUCAAUCAGUUUGUUUUACCAGAGAUUGGCCUUCAAGGCUUUUUAUGUUUCUUAUUCUUGAUAACAGGUCACUGGUUCCCAGUGCUCAUCAAUUUACCUGUUACUUUACACAACUUUAAAAAGGUUAGGGAUCAUGUUCAUAUGUAUGAUGCCACAGAAAUAUUUAGAACCUUGUCAAAACAUAAGAAAGAAAGCUUUAUUAAGCUUGGAUUUUAUGCGGUGUGUUUCUUUUACUAUGUUUAUCGUAUGGUUGUAGCCCUUGUUGCCGAAUAA